GGAGCCGAAUUUUGUGCUAAAAUUCUGUGACUCGUUUUUUUGACGUUUUUUUUAGGUAGCCUAAGGCAAACGUAUUUUUGAGAAGUUUCUUUUCGGAAACAUAUAUAAACAUAGUAUAUUUUUGGAAAGAAGAAGAGUUAAGCUUGUUUUUUAUGUUAUUUUUACGUACGGUUGUCUUACCAUUUUUUGGAGCAUUUGGCUCAUGAAAAAUAGGUUGGUGUUUACAUGUCAAAUUCUUGUCGAAGGACUCUUUAUUCCGCUUUUUUGAUUCUUUAAAUAAGUUUUUACAUGCAUUUUCUUUGCACAUACCAAAUUUUAUUGAAAAAUAUUGUGUAGCAGAUAGUUAAAUCAGUUUAGCACUUUUAGUACCUAAUUUCUGUUUUUCCGAUUUGUUUUUAGCGGAUUUCCCGUCUCAUUAUUUUGAGUAGGGUUAGGCAAACGAUUUUUUGUUGGUUUUUUUUUACAGAAACGUAUAUACACAUAGUAUAUUUUCAGAAAGAAGAAGAGUUAGGCUUGUUUUUUGUGUUAUUUUUUUACAUGAUUGUCAUACCUUUUUUUUGACUAUUUUGCUCAUGAAAAUUAUGUUGAUGUUUACUUGUUCAAUUAUUGUUGAAGGAAUCUAUAUUCCGCUUUUUUGAUUUUUUAAAUAAGUUUCUACAUGCAUUUCUUUUGCACCUGCCAAAUUUCAUGAAAAAAUAUUAUGUAGCAAUUAGUUAAUUCAGUUAAACACUUUUGGUACCUAAUUUCUGUUUUCAAAAAUAGCCGAGGUGGGGCUGAGGGGGAGAGAGUUUUUUUUUCUUUAAAAAUGUUUAUUGCAUAAUGUUUCACUUAGAUUGUUAGUAAUUAAAAAAAUGAAUAAUAUAAAUGAACUGGGUAAUCAAACAGAUACUUCAUCGUCAUCUGAUGCAGUUGUUUUAUCAACAUCUGCCAGUGACAAAUUUUUUCAGAUCUGUAUAGAGUUAAUGUCGAAAUCAAAGUUAUUUUGGUUAAUUUUUUUACCUUUAGCUUUGUCACCAUCUGCUAUGGUUGAUGCAGGCUUACAAUUUCAUCAGUUUUUGAGAUUCCUCCAAUCAACUCAGCCUUCCACUGUUUUAGUUUUAGUUCCAUCUACAUCUGAAACAGUUGCUGCAUCUACAUCUGCUUUUGUUGGUUGGAGUUCAACAACAAACUUGCUUUACCUAAUGGCAAGCCACAAAACUUGUUGUACUUGUUUGCAAGCCACAAAACUUGCUGUAUCUAUUUGCAGUCUUGCAACAUGGUAUUGGGCGGAAGGGGGGCGGCUUACACCCCCUUCCAUGAAGUCAAUUUAUACACCACUAGUUACUAUUUUUACAAUAUUCCAACCAUAUUCGCGUUUCAACAAAGAAACUUGCCUGUUGUAAAGAAGGGAAAA